AUAGUCGGUCCUGGAACACAUUUCAUACAGUUCUGAUGAGGCAAACUUUGUGUUUUUACCAGGACAAGAAAGAUACCCUCAAGAGCUCUGUGAUGGCCUUACCGUUGAACCUGUCUGGAGCUGUUUGCACCCUGGAAACAGAAUAUACCAAAAAGAGCCAUUGUUUCACAUUACAGUUGAAUGAUGGCUCCAAGUAUCUUCUCAGAGCUCCAACUGAACCACUCAUGAAAGAAUGGGUUACCAAAUUACAGCAAAACUCAGGUUUACUGGAAAUGGAUUUCUUCCCAUCAUCUUCCCAGCCUGUUCAAGGAAUGACCUCUGUGGUUAG